AUGGGUGACAAGGAAAUAGAUAGCCUGCACUCAAACACCGCCGAUAACACCGCCACAUCUCAAACAAAUACACAGCAGCUCCAUACUACUAUCGAGCAGAGCGAGAUAGUGGAGCAACAUCUGGCGCCUUUUCACCAUGCCACUAUUGAGCAACAUCUGGCGCCUUUUCACCAUGCCACUAUUGAGCAGAGCGAGAUAGUAGAGCAAGAUCUGGCGCCUUUCCACCUUCAAAGUGAUCACCUUGAAAGUGACCACGGUUCAACGAUAGAUAGUGAAACCUCACACCAACCACCAGACCCAAUAUUGGGACCACUAGCCGACUUGGAAAAAAGUAUCACAUCCUUUGAGUCUUUCCAACAACAAGAAUUGGCCAAGUUGCAAUCGGUAAAAUCAACAAAGUCCAUCUUAUCCAAGGAAACACUACGAGUCAAAAGGUCUGAAAAAAGAGGUAUACUACCUAGUAUCGUGUUUAUUCCAGAGUACAAGGAUGCAAGAGAAUACCUGGUGAAAAUCAAGUAUUGCAUAGUUACAAUCAUCUCAUUGGCUUCAAUUACAGGACCAAUGGGUACAUCAAUCAUGUUGCCUGCAAUCGACGAUAUUGUUGUCAAAUUGAACACAACAACAUCAAUGGUUAAUAUCUCAGUUGGUAUAUACUUGUUAUCCUUGGGUAUUUUCCCUCUUUGGUGGUCAUCUUUUAGUGAGCGCAUUGGUCGGAGAACUAUUUAUGUCAUUAGUUUUGUAUUCUUUGUUGCAUUCAGUAUUGGCACUGCAUUGUCUCCUAGCAUCGGCGCAUUGAUAGUACUAAGAGUACUACAAGGUGGCUCCUCUGCUAGCGUCCAAGCCGUCGGAGCAGGAACUAUAGCCGACUUGUUCGCACCUACAGAAAGAGGCGUAGCUAUGGGGUGGUAUUAUUUGGGCCCUUUAAUGGGUCCAUUUUUGGCACCUGUUUUGGGUGGUGCUGUCUCUCAGGCAUGGGGAUGGAGAGCUACUCAAUGGCUUUUGAUGAUUGUUGCCGCCUGCAAUUUGAUCUCAAUUCUACUAUUCUUACCAGAGACCUUGAGGUGUGUUGACAAUAUUGCCAUGUUGAGGAAAAUCAUGCAGCAGCAACAGCAAGAACAACAAAAUAAGGAAGAAGAAGGAGAGCAGUUGCUGCCGAAACAAGGAGAUUGCACCGAAAAGGAUCGUGAUUAUGAGGAAAAAGAAAACGAAAAGACUGAUGGCAGUAGCAAUUUCAGCAAUCAUGAAGAUGGUGUAUCCGGGGCUCAUUCCCAACAACCGCAGGCAAUUAUCGAUGAACGUGAAUUGGAACGUGUAGCAACUAAUCUCAGUCGUAGAUCAGUUACUCAAUCUAUAAGAUCAUACAUUGAAGAUGAUCUGGAUGAAGGACCAAUCGUUGAUCCCGUGAUGCCCACUUUAUCUAGACUCACAACAAAUAGAUCUUUUUACUCUCGAAGAGUUCAACUGAAUUAUGUUUCAAAUGAAAUUCGUCGUUCAAUGUCGAUUAAUCAGCUGGAUUUACAACCAAAACCUGAAUGUUCUAAAUCUUCUAAAUCUGUUCCAAAUACACCACCACCAUCAUCAUCAUCAUCAUCACCAUCAUCAUCUUUUAAAGGUAGAAAAGCAGAAUUCAAACGGAAUUGCUACGACUUAUUUAUUCGUCCGUUACACUCCCUUGUUUUAUUGAAACACCCACCAGUCCUUCUUGUUAUUAUAUAUUCCGCCAUUUCAUUUGCAGUCAUUUAUUUCUUCAACAUGACCAUAUCAUAUGAAUAUUCGCGUGAACCAUAUCAUUUUAGUCAAGUUAUUGUUGGGUUGAUGUACAUUCCUAAUUCCAUCACCUAUCUCGCUGCAUCAAUGAUUGGCGGGAGAUGGAAUGAUCAUUUAUUAAACAAAUAUGCUAAAAAGCAUGGUGAGUUAGUCCCGGAAGCCCGCAUUUCAUGGAACAUAGUGCUAGCUGUUUUUUUGUAUCCCAUGGCUUGUUUAAUCUUUGGUUGGACAAUCAAGUAUGGAGAAUUUUGGCUUGUUCCGUUGAUUGGUACAGCAAUAUGCGGAUUUGCUUCUAUGUUGGUAAUUGGUGCAACGGUAACUUAUCUUGUUGAUACAUUACCUGGUAAGGGAGCCACGGGUGUAGCAUUAAAUAAUUUGAUUCGACAGAUUCUUGCUGCUAUUGCUACGUUUAUUGUGGAACCAUUGUUGAGAGCAAUUGGGCCGGGAAUAUUGUUUACUAUUUUGAUGGGGAUUUUGACAGUUGCAAGCUUAAUUUUGGUUUAUUUAAAAAAGAAAGGUGCUUAUUUUAGAGAGAAUUAUGAUUUAAUGAAAUUGUACGAAAAGCUAUGA